AUGGUUAAUAGUGACAAUCCUCCACAAAUUCAUGUUCCAAUCGAUAAUAUUAAAGUUCAAGCAACUUUACGUCAACUAGAACAACCUAUCUGCUUAUUUGGAGAAGGUUCCGCCGAACGACGUAAACGUCUUCAAAACCUAAUAUCAUCUUUAUCUGAUGAUGAAAUUACAAAGAUAUUACGUGAAAAUGAAGAAGAAGACGAUGAAAAAGUUGAAAAUACAAAACAAGAAAUAACAUGGUAUCAUGAAGGAUCUGAUCAAUUACAAACAGCACGAUAUUGGAUUACACAAUAUUCUUUACUAAGAGCCAAAGAACGUAUUGAAAAAUUAAAAGACUAUGUUGCUAUACCUGAAGUACAUCGAACAGCACAGAUUCAAGAUUUAUAUCGUCAAUUACGAACCACAGCAUUACAUUGCAGUCAAUUGGCUGAUAAUCGUCCUUUAUCAUAUUGUGAAUUUAGUCCAAAUGAUCAAAUGAUUGCUGUUUCUUCUUGGAGUGGUUUAUGUAAACUUUGGACAAUACCAGAUUGUAAACAUGUCCGAACAUUUCGUGGUCAUACAAUAAAUGCUUGUUGUAUUAGUUGGCAUCCUCAAUCAACAUUAACACAAGAUCCAGCAAUGAUUAAUUUAGCAUCUAGUUCAUUUGAUGGAAGUGUUAAAUUAUGGAAUCUUCAAAGUGAUGAACCUAUUGCUGAAAUUGAAGGUCAUGCACCAUUUCGUGUAUCAAAAGUAAAAUUUCAUCCAUCUGGAAGAUUUUUAGCUACAGCUUGUUAUGAUCAUUCAUGGCGUUUUUGGGAUCUUAAAACUCAAGAAGAAAUUUUACAUCAAGAAGGUCAUUCAAGAGCAGUUCAUGAUAUUACAUUUCAAUGUGAUGGAAGUUUAUCUGCUACUGCUGGUAUGGAUGCAUAUGGUCGAAUAUGGGAUCUUCGAACAGGUCGUUGUAUUAUGUUUUUAGAAGGUCAUCUUAAACCAGUAUUGUCUAUUGAUUUUUCACCAAAUGGAUAUCAUCUAGCAACUGGUUCUGAAGAUAAUUUGUGUAAAAUUUGGGAUUUACGUCAGAUUAAGAAUGUUUAUAGUAUUGCUGCUCAUCAAAAUUUAGUUUCAACUGUUAAAUUUCAACGUACUGAAGGACAUUAUUUAGUAACUGCUUCUUAUGAUAAUACAAUUAAAUUAUGGAUGCAUUCGACAUGGUCAGCACUUUAUUCUUUAACAGGUCACGAACAAAAAAUAAUGUCAGCUGAUAUAUCUCGCGAUGGACGAUGGAUUGCAACUGUUUCUUAUGAUCGUACAUUUAAAAUUUGGUCAGCUAAACAAAUUCGUUAA